CAGAAUAGAUGGAUGGCAAUAGAGGACUUAGAUUGGGUUUGAGCGACUUUGCCAUCCGCUUAGACUUGAUAGCUAAAGUUCGUGGCAUAAGCAGUGCUGAGAACUAUUUUAAAGAUCUUCCUGAGAAAGCCAAGAACCAAAAAACAUAUGGUGCACUUCUGAACUCUUACAUAGGGAAUAAACUGACUGAAAAGGCAGAGGGACUUAUGGUAAAGAUUAAGGAAUCUGGUUUUGCUUUGAAGGCACUUCCAUACAACAACAUGAUGACUCUUUAUAGGGCAUUAGGUCAGCCAGAGAAAGUACUAUCUUUGAUACAAGAUAUGAAGGUUGAUAAUAUUUUACCUGAUUCAUUUACUUACAAAAUUUGGAUGAACAGUUGUGCUGACCUUUCAGACAUUGAUGGAGUGGAGAAAGUAUUAGAUGAAUUGAAACAUGAUGGCAGAUUCAAAUAUGAUUGGUCCAUAUAUAGUAACUUGUCAGCCAUUUAUAUCAAAGAGGGGUUAAUUAAGAAAGCACAGGAUGCCUUGAAAGAAACAGAGCACAAGAUUUUCAUGAAGAAGGAUCGUGAUGCUUAUAAGUCCCUUAUUAUCAUGCAUAGCAAGCUUGUUGAUAAACCUAAGGUAUAUUCAGUGUGGAAGAAAUUUGCAAGAGUCUUUCCUAAGAGGACCAACACAGACUAUAUAUGUAUGCUUACUGCAUUGGUGAAGCUAGGGGACAUCAAGGGAGUUGAGAAGUGUCUUAAAGGAUGGGAAUAUGAUGGCCUGAGUUAUGAUAUCAGAGUGCCAAAUGUAUUAAUUGGUGCUUAUCUACGGUAAGGAAGCAUAGAAUUG